AUGUCCAGCUACUCACCUACUCAACAGUCUCAGAUCUACCCGCCUGCGCUGCCGCAGCAAUCACAGCAGCCGCCUCACUCUCAAUCGCCUGAAGAGCACGACGAUGGGGAUGCUACUCCUCCCAAGUCUGCUGAUUCCCAGAAACUCGAGACAAAGCCCCAAGCAACAUUCUUGACCAAACUCUACGCGCUCCUCGAACGCCCCGAGUACCAGUCCAUGAUCAGAUGGGAUGCUGCUGGCGAACAGAUCAUUGUCGAACGUCCGGAGCAGCUUGCACUACAUGUUCUACCCAGCAUCUAUCGCCAGUCGAGGUUUGCGAGCUUCUCCCGCCAGUUGAAUAUUUACGGAUUUAUGCGCAAAGUCAACCUACGCAAUGUUGAUCCAGCCAUUGACGAUCCCGAUGCGAGCACCUGGUCUCACCCGACGCUCAACCGAAACUCCCCUCCCGAGGUGGUUGCCAACUUCAAGCGACGAGUACCGCCUCGUCUGCCCAAGCCCAGGAAGCGGGACCAAAUCGACAUUUCCCGGGUCGGCCCUGGAAGUCUUGCUCCCGGCUUGACUGUGCCGUCUUCCACUCAUCCCAUGUCAUUGGGCAUGGUACAAGGCAAGCCGCGAACGCGUGGUUUCUCCGCUCCAUCUCUGCCAUUUGGCUUUGCAGGCACCGCACAUCUUCAACCUGCUGGUCAACCCCAGCCUUACUACAACGUAGCGCCUCCGCAAAAAUGGGGUGGCUCCUAUGGGACGAGCUUGCCCCCGCUCACCGUUCCCGGCGAGCACGGCUACGGUCCCAGUUACGGCCGUCACAUGGAUGAUCCACACGCUCCCCACUAUGGCCAUUCCAGCCAAUACCCACCACACCAUUCCAGCCAGCAGUUACCUGUCCUACGUGACCCGGCCUUUCAGUACCCUGGGUACGGCACAGGUGCCCCAGGCAGCGGGGCGGACACUUCAAGCUGGUCUUUUCUCCCUCCCGCCUCCUCCCUCACCUCGAGCCACUCAGGUAGCCUUUCAUCUCUCCUGAACCCGUCCGCAAACUCCGGAUCGUAUGCCCGUCCGCCGAGCUCCGGCGGAUUUGCACAUGGGUCUCCUGAUAGUCGACCCAAUACGGGAUACAGUGUUGCGUCGUCCGUCUCUUCAAUCGGUGGUGGUGGAUAUGAUGGCGGUGAACAAAACCCUUUUGCGCUUCGCCCUACCACCGUCGGCGGACGCGACGAAUCUGGACGGCCCCUCACUCCGACAUCGGCCGGCGGCGUUCGCCCCGGCUCGAGUAAAGGGAAUCCGCCUGGUGCGAGCUCCCUCAGCAUACGCAAUGGCCGGCCUAGGAGGCACAGCCAAGUGAGCCCGUAUCCUAGCCCCUACAGCCCGUACGAUUCCGAGGCUGGUUCUAGGCCGGGGACUGCUCCUGACGAUCAUCUGGGACCCCAGCGAAGUCGAAGCAUGGCCGAGCCAUAUGGCUCCUUCCACAACGGUCCGGCUCCUGCAGAAUUCGCCUACUCUGCAUCUGGCGCGGGCGUUGACAAUGGCGAGUGGAUGGGACAACGUGGUGUUCGACCCAGCACAUCGACAUCGACCAUGUCGGGUCAUUCGCCAGCAUCCAACUCGGCCCUCAACACACCACCGGGGAUUGACGACAACGGUAUCGCUACGACUCCACCGGCAAGCGGGCAUGGCCCAACAGGCCCGUUCGGCGCAUCAGAAGACAUGUCGCGGUUCUCUUCCGAUCUCAACUACUUUGGCAUGACCGACGGAGGCAAGCCUCCGAUCCACGCAUAG